AGCAGUAUAUUUUUAAGGUUAUAAGAAUGUUGCCUGUAAUCGCCUUAUAGCCAGUGUUGAAUGUUAAUUUUACCCUGUACAAAAGUUUAUUGUACCUGUUGGCGUGAUUAAGUACUUAUUUUAAUGGUUGCAAAGAAUUUGAUGAAAUUUUAAUAUGCAAUAAAUUUUAUGAACAUUUAAGACUUUUUCUCAAUGUUGCUGUUUAUAGUGGGAUGCAUUGUUCUGAAUUUCAUUGUGCUUGAAAAUAACCAAAGAUAUUAGCCAAGAAUAAGUGAUCUUAAAAUUUGUUUCUACUGCCCACCGCAGAGAAAUUGGAUGCAUUGAUGUGAAUUUCAUGGUGCUUGAAGACAACCAAAGAUAAUAGCCAAGAAUAGGUUAUCUUAAAAUUUGUUUCUACUGCCAGCCACAGAGAAAGCAAGACAUUUUAAUUUCCUAAUAGGAUUUUUAUAAUACUGUAUGAAUUUUUUAUUACUAUGAUUUUUUUAUUGCUAUGUAUUUAUUACUAUGAGUUACUCUGAUACUCAUUUCAUUGUAAAACUUAGAUGUAUUUAUAACAAUUUGAGUACUACUUUUGCUUUAGUUUUUUAAAAUGUCCAGUAAUAGUUAUUAAUAUCCAACAAUAGUAUCCUGAAAUAAACUUGAGUAAAAUUUUUAGUGAAGUUUUUCUACAAAUAUAUUUUAACGUGCUUUAAGACAGUUCACUCUUACAAAAUCUUAUUAUUGCAAUAUAUUUAGAUCUUUGAAAUUAUAAUUUGUAAUAUACAGAUUAAUACCGUUGCAUUUUAUACAAUAUGAGUUCUUUAGCAGACAGUAACAUGUUUAGGCUUGAUGUUAAUACUAAUAAGAAACUUUAUUUUUGUGUUAUAUGCAAUAAGAAUUUUUCUCGGAAGAAUCGCACUGUGCACAUUCGCUCUCAUACAGGUGAGAAACCUUAUUCUUGUAGUAUAUGCAAUAAGAAUUUUUCACAGAAGAUUAAUCUGACAGUGCACAGUCGCUCUCAUACAGGUGAGAAACCUUAUUCUUGUAGUAUAUGCAAUAAGAAUUUUUUUGAUAGGUAUCAACUGACUAAACACAAUCUUACCCAUACUGGUGAGAAACCUUAUUCUUGUAGUAUAUGCAAUAAGAGUUUUGCACAGAAGUAUAAUCUGACUGUGCACAGUCACUCUCAUACAGGUGCAAGACCUAAACCUUAUUCUUGUAGUAUAUGCAAUAAGAAUUUUGUAGAUAGGUAUCAACUAACUAACCACAAUCGUACUCAUACUGGUGAGAAACCUUAUUCUUGUAAUAUAUGCAAUAAGAAUUUUUCACAGAAGAUUUAUCUGACUGUGCACAGUCACUCUCAUACUGGUGAGAAACCUUAUUCUUGUAGUAUAUGCAAUAAGAAUUUUUUAGAAAAGUCUCAACUAACUAACCACAAUCGUACUCAUACUGGUGAGAAACCUUAUUCUUGUAAUAUAUGCAAUAAGAAUUUUUCACAGAAGAUUUAUCUGACUGUGCACAGUCACUCUCAUACAGGUGCGAAACCUUAUUCUUGUAGUACAUGCAAUAAGAAUUUUUCUCAUAGGUCUAAUCUGACUAAACACAUUCGUACUCAUACAGGGGAGAAACCUUAUUCUUGUAGUAUAUGCAAUAAGAAUUUUUCACAGAAGAGUAGUCUGAAUGUGCACAUUUUCUCUCAUGCGAAAGAGAAACCUUAUUCUUGUAGUAUAUGUUUUAAAAGUUUUCCAUUAAGGUGUCAUCUAAUUAAACACAGUCGCUCUCAUGCAGGGGAGAAACCUUUUUCUUGUAGUAUAUGCAAUAAGAAUUUUUCAGAGAAGAGUACUCUGACUAGACACAGUCGCACUCAUACUAAAGAGAAAGCUUAUUCUUGUAGUAUAUGCAAUAAGAAUUUUUCAGCGAAGAGUACACUAAAUGAGCACAGUCUCACUCAUACUGGUGAGAAACCUUAUUCUUGUACUAUAUGCAAUAAGAGUUUUUCAAUUAAGAGUUCACUAACUAGACACUAUCGUACUCAUACUGGUGAGAAACCUUAUUCUUGUACUAUAUGCAAUAAGAGUUUUUCAGCUAAGAGAACACUAACUAAACACAAUUGCACUCAUACUGUAAACAACCUUGAUCUUGUAACUUAGGUAAUACAUUUUUUCAUUGUUUUUUUUUAUUUAUCUUUUACAUAAUUGUCUUAUCUUUUACAUAAUUGUAAUUCUAUUUGCCUUUGAGUAACUUAAAUAAUUCAUUUAGUCAGUGUAAUAAAGGUUUUUUUGAAAUAAAGUGAUCUACCCUUUCA